AAACAUACUUCAAUUAAUUCGCCGUAUCUUUCCCGUGCUACAUUAGUCGAGCUCAAUACAUACUCCACAUGUAGGAUAUUAGAGAAGGAGUUACGUUCAAAGGGGAAGAACUUUUGAACAGCGUUUGAACAUUUUGUUCAUUUGUCUCAAGGUUCUGGUUUUAUUUUUUUUUUAUUCACCAUAUUGAGUGGCUAUUUCUUUCGUUUUUUGUUUUCUGACCUGAUGCGAGGAUAAAGACGCAGGCCUUGGGUCUGCUGUGGUCAGUGAAUAGUCCCGAAAGUUAAGUGCAUUAUGGAAGCUUAUACGAUAUUGCUGUUACUGAUUCCAGUUGUGAUUGGAGGUCCAAUCUGGCUGGAAGAAGACUUACAGAAUGACCCCAUUAUAUCCAGUUAUGAUUGCUCCGCGAGCUGUACAGGUUCUAACAAAUUCAAUUAUGAAGUGGGUAAAACAUACAUUUAUGACUACGAGGUUGCUACGGCAACGAAUAUGCAAGGCGCCAGUGAAUCUGUGGCCAAGUUGGAUGUGAAAGCCAAAGUAACAAUUCAAGUGUUGUCGAAAUGUGAAAUGGUCCUAUCGUUGUCUGAAGUGGCUGUGCAAAGAUCUGAUCCUGACAGCACAACAAUGGUUCUGGCCGAAGAUCAAACCUUCAAACUGGCCCUGGAGCGCAACAGUUUGAGAUUUGCAUUUCAGGAUGGGAGAAUCGACACCCUGUGCCCAUCAGUUGGUGAUGAAGUUAUGUCUCUAAAUUUUAAGCGAGGUGUUCUAUCAGUGUUUCAGAAUAGCAUGAAUCAACUUCAAAAUGGAGAAAACUUACAGGAGAUUGACAUUACUGGCACCUGCCCUACUGCUUACACCAUUACCCAGAAAGGUUGGAAAUCAACAGAGGUAACCAGAACCAAAGACCUUCUGGGGUGUUCAGAUAGGCACAAUUACCGAAGUGCGUUGAAGUCAACACCUAUUCAUGUUCCUGAUACAAUCAAGUCAUUGCCUUUGCUGAAAGGCAGCUAUAAAUGUAGCCAGAUGAUCAACAGUGAAGGACUUCUGUCAACAGCCAUCUGCACAGAAUCGCUGGUCUUUAGACCAUUUUCUAAGAAGGAGUCUGGAGCCAGAACUGAAACUGUUCAAAAGCUAACCUUUGUUUCUAAGUUAUCAAGUGUAAAUACAAGGAAAGAUCUCAUUAGCAGCAAAACGGAUUUAUUAUUUGUACAUGAAGAAGCAGAGAUCUCUUCAGAAAAAACACUUUGGUCAGCUAAAGAUAAACUGACCCAGUUGUGCCGUAUUACAGCUCAAGAUUUACCAGUGGAAGUGCCAGACCUCUUCACAGAUUUGGUUUAUGCACUGAGAAGCCUGAAGAGUUCCUUGAUGACUGACCUGUAUGAACAGUUAAAAAGAGGAAGUAUUUGCAGUGACAACAAGGAGAGAAUCAAAAAAUUCUUUUUGGAUGCUUUACCAAUGGUAGAAACCUCUGCAUCCAUUGAGGUCAUGGGCCAGAUGCUUGUCUCUGAAGAUGUGUCGGGCAGCCAAGCUGACUAUUGGUUGAACUCUCUUCACUUUGUUCGUAAACCAACCUCUGACAUGAUAUCUCAACUUUUGACCAUUGUGAAAACAGACAAACUUCAGCUGAAGUCUCUGCUACCUGUUUCUUCUAUGAUUAAAACUUUUUGCCAAUCCAAUGAGGACUGUGUAUCCAACAGGGACAUUGGGGACAUACUGAAUGUUUGGGAAAAUAUCUUGGAUGAUAAAUGCCAGUCCACAGAUGAGAAACUGGUUCUAAUGACUCUACGAGCAGCUGGAAACAUGGGAUACUCAGACAAACUGGCCAGGAAACUGAAAGAAUGCAUAACAUCACAAGAAACAGCCAUGAAUGCCAGAGUUUUUGCUGCUCAAGCUUACACUGGCAUCUCUUGCAGUGCUGAUAGGCAAGUUCUCAUGAAAACUUUUGAAGAUGUGAAAGAAGAUUCAGAGUUGAGAAUUGCUGCCUAUUUAAGUGCUAUGCAUUGCUGGAAUGAGGAACUUCUUAAAAAGGUGAAAUUGGUUCUUGAGUCAGAAACAAGCAAUCAGGUCUCUUCCUUUGUGUGGACACAUUUAACCAACCUGAUGGAAACUUCUAGUCCUUACAAGCAGGCACUGAAGGAUAUCCUCAAUGAUGAGGUCAUCAAGAAAAAAUCUGGAACAAACAGCAAACACUCUGGGAAUUAUGAGGUCUCAUUUUUCUCUGAAAGAUUUGGAGCUGGAGCAACAGCAGAAAGUAACCUCAUUUGGUCUACAAAGUCUUUUCUACCAAGAUCAGCAAUGGUGAAUCUGACAGUGGACAUCUUUGGCCAGUCUGUGCAACUACUUGAACUGGGUGGCCGUGUACAAGGCAUUGAGGCUCUGUUGCAGAAAUUUAUUGGCUCCAAAUUGUUUAAAGGUGGAGAAAGUGUUACAACAGACUCUGGAGCCUCUGGCUGCGUAGAGAAUGACAAAAUUGAGAAUAUGAAAAAAAAGUACCCUUCAGAACAAGACAUGCUGACAGCAUCCUUAUACCUCCGUAUGUUUGGUCAUGAGCUGGACUUCAAGCACUACAAUGAGAAAGAGUUGUUGGCUCUGAGAGACCAAGUUCCAGGGAAGGUAACAUCCAAGGGAGUCAACCAGGACAUUUCUUACAGUCAGAGUUUCAUGUUUCUAGAGUCUCAAAUGACUGUUCCGACAAUUGCUGGCUUACCCCUAACCCUGAGCAUCAAUGGAACAGCCUCAUUGGAUCUACAGGCCAAGCUGGAGUCUGAUGUCAAGAAGCACACAAUGAAGGCGACAUUUGACAUUAAGCCAAGUGGCGCCAUCCUUGUUUCAGGGCUGAUGUCUAUUAACGCUGGCCCAACCAGCACUGGCCUCAAAAUGACAAGCACUCUCCAUACCAGUACAUCUGUGACAGGACGCAUUGAGGCUGGUGACAAACAGGUUCUAAGUCUGGAAUUCGACACUCCAGACAAAGUUAUGGACAUUUUGGAGAUCAAGACUGAUUUCUUUAUUCUGCACAAUAAAAAUGAGAAGAAACAGAGCAUGCUGACAGACAAGAAGAUGACGAUGACAUCCUGCACACCAGACUCAGUUUUCAAGGUCACUGGCUAUGAGCUGUGCGCUGCUGUGGCCUAUGUGGAUUCAACCAAAAACCCUAGCACUCCGUACAUGCCUUUAAGUGGACCUCUGCUUCUCAGCCUCACUCUGCAAAAGAAAGAUGCACCCAAGGGGUACAAAAUGACCAUUAAAUAUAUUCAGAAUGUGGACACAUCAACUGCCUCUGUUGCUAUUGAUACAUCAGGCUCCAAGGUUGAUAGAAAAAUUAACAUAGGUUACUACCUUGACACCAAAGAAAGAAAACUUGAUGCUGAGUUUGUUUCACCUUGGAAGACAAUUAUGUUUGAAGCAACAUAUCCCCAAGAGAGAUCCAACAUGCAUGCCUUCUCUGCCUCUGCUAAUGUAGACGGCGACCUGUAUAAAAUAUUUUGGCAGGCGGAUAAAAAAUUAAUGAAAGGAAAGGAAAUCUGGUCACCAAAACUAGAAAUUAUGCGACCCAAGCAAUCUAGGCUUUCAUCUUACAGUCCUGAGAGUGUGUCCGCUAGAGGCACUGUGGAGAUUAAUGAAGAUCUUGAAGAGAUAAGCACUGACUUGACUGCUAACAUUGUCAGCAAUGAUCAGACAGCUCUUGGGAAAACUUUGAAGGCAUUGUUCAGAGAUGGAUAUGUAGCCCUCAAAGCCAAAUAUAUCAAUAAAGAAAAGCAGAAGACAUUCUCUGGAUCUUUUUCCUUGAACAAAAAAGAUUCAUAUUCAGCAACACUUCAACUUUUGCUGAGUGACAAAAAAUCUGGCACAAACAAAUAUGAACCAACAAUUUUGAUCUCCACUCCUGAGAAUGAGAAAUUGUUUUUGUUAUCUGGUAAAAUGGACUAUAAACCUGAGAAGUCCUUCGAUGGAAACCUUCAGAUCAACAUGGAUCAAACCUUGAAAGAGCCAAUUACAUUAAAUGCUUCAGCAAUUUUGACCAAAAAGAGUAAAAACAAGUAUCAAGGUAAAGGCAGCUUUAAGAGCAGUUUCAUGACACUGAGUAUUGAUGGGUCUGCUGAUAUCCCUGUAACAUUCCGCGGGAAGAAGUCGGCCAUCGUCAACAAAUGGACAGUAGAGUACAACAUCCCAUCAGUCAAAGACAAGGAGCUGAGGAAAAAUAAAUUGACCAUCAACUCUAAGAUACAUGAUGAGAGCGCCAAGGGACUAACUAAAUAUAAUGCACAAUUAAACAUGGACAGUAAAAAUUACCCACCUGCAAACUUUGAUGCAAAUUUGGUGCUAAGCUACAAAAACUCAAGCACUAGUUCCAAACUUGUGUUAAGACAUGGGCCAGAGACUAAAGAGAAAAAAACAAAAGGUAGCUCUGUCUUGACACUACUUGUGGACCUUGGACAUGACAUUUCAGAUGUCGCUAGCAAUAUUUCCUACAACUUGCAAGUUUUGUAUCCUGUCAAGAACAUAGAGUAUCAAGUGAAGGGGAAACAUGAACACCAGCUCAAAAAAUUUAAACUAGAGACCUAUGCAGCUAUCGUUUAUCAGAAAGGAAAGACUGUAGAACUGAGGCUCAUGGGUAAUGAUAACAGCAAGAAGAAUUUGGACGCGACAGGGUCACUGGAAAUCAACUAUCCAAAGAUGGUUGUUGACAGUAAAGACACAGAAGGUGGAAAAUACCGAGUGGUGACAUCCAUCUCCCAGAAUGCCAACAAAGACUACAUUCACACUGUCAGCCUUCAGUUGAAUGAGGUCAAGCACUCUUUGGUCAACACGUUCAAGAAAAACCGGGAUGACUUUAGUCUCUUUUCUGAGAUGGAUGUCAAUGGGGAUGAACCCAGGAAGAUCACAGUGAAGGCAGCUAAAAAUGUGGAUCAAGUUGAAGGUCUGUUUACCUACAACGCUAUGGAAAAUGUCUACAGUGUGGGCUUUAACCUUGGCGGCAUGAGCAAACAAAGUCAAAGCCACGUAUUCAGCUGGCAGGUUACCAUUCCUGAGAGAAAAGUGCAGAGCUCUGUUGAGAUAGGAAAUAGUAAACAGCUUAAGCUCAAGGCUGACCUCCUCUGGGAUGCUCUGAAAGAUCCACAACAGAAGGUAGCCACGGACAUCAUUAAAUCCAUUGAUAAAGAAAAUAACCGGGAUGAGAUUUCUAUAACCAUCACCACUCCUUUUGUUAACCACACAAUAUACAAGUAUAAUCAUGUCAAUGUUUACAACUCUAGAGAGAUCAGAAAUGAAUUGAAAUUUGUAUGGGGCCGGCCAGUAGAUGAGCUUUCAUAUGCAGUCUCUGCUAAAGUCCCAUUGUCUUUUGAGAGGUUUGAAAUUAGAGGAGAUCUUGUGACCCCUUUGGAAUCUCUGCGCAAAAUUGGCAUGGGAGUGUCUCACAAGUUUGACGGCUCUCGAUAUUUGUCAUCCUCGGUCAAUGGUACAUACAACAAUGAUUACCUAGUGGUAGGAAUUCAAGUGAGAAACAGCGGAGACAAGAUGAGCAAUGAUUUGUCUGUGUCCACGAUCUUUAACUCUUCCAUUGAGAUUAUGCGAAACGUUAUGCUUUCCCUUACGCACAAGAUGGAGGAUAAAGUCUAUGAGACUGACUUCCUCUAUAAGAGAAACAAUGUGCAAUACAGUGCCAAUAUGAGGACUGUGUACACCAAGGCCAUCUUCAACCAUGACAUAGAAUCCACGCUGACCGUCACUCUUCCGCAAGAGUCAGCCUCCUUGCAGGUUGUAUAUAGUAAUUAUCCGACCUUGACUAAGUUCAAUGCCACAGCCAAGAUGACAAAUUCUGCAGGCGUCCUCACCCAAGUGAAUCUCAAUACUCAAUUCAACAAGCAAGCUCAAGAGUAUGGGGUGAAUGUUAAAAUAGUCGGCAGAUGGCCUACUUUCUCAGGCCUAGAGCUAAACUUCAGGCACAACAUGUUAAAUGGCAUCACUGGCUCUGCCAGCCUGCUAGUAAGAACCAACCCUAAUGUAAGAAGCACUCUGACCUACAGUGCCACCAGCCUCCAACUCCAAUCAUACUACAACCCCUACAACACGGAUCUGAACAUCAAAUAUGAAAGCUAUCCAUUCACUCUUGUCUUGGAGCAUAAAAACCCCAAAGCAGAAGACGGGAAAAUCUCACUGGAGGCCUCAUUGGAUCUGAAAGACAAGAAAGAAGCUCUAGCUGAAGUCAACCUGAUAACACCUUAUGAGCAUUUGAGGAACAUGGACUUGAAGUUUAAAGUUCAGAACACAUUAGAAUCCAUCUGGAAGCUUGAAUCCAUUGUCUCCAUGGACACAAGGAAAAAGAUUCAAGUUGAAGGUGAUUUUGACUUGAAAGAUUUUAGAAAAUGUAACGGGAAGAUCACUACGCCAUUCAAAGAGCUGAGCAAGCUUCAGUUUGGCCACAGCACUCAGUCUGUAGAACAAAGCUGGUUUUAUACUGAAGGUUUCCUGGAGGCCCAGCCUUACUUUAGCAGAGUCAAACUUGAGCACAAUGUGACACUGCAGGCGCCGUAUAACUCUAAGCUCUACUUUGAUCUACCAGGGCUUGAAAUGAAGUACCUGAAGCUGGACUUGAUGGGCAACAAGCUCAGGAAUGGUUACACUUUUGAUAUGGUGGCAAGAUACCACCUGAACCAAGAGCUGAACUUAAAGAUGAAAAGUAAAGUAAACAUGAACAAGUUCCCACAAGAUACUUCCAUCAGCCUGGAUGUUACCACCCCAUUUGCAGUGCUCCCCAAACUGGAUACCACAUUUACCAUUGACAAAGAUAAAGAUAAGUGGGUCAGCAAUCUGGGCUUAUCCUCUGGCGAUGUGAAAAUGAAUGUCAAAGAGAUCCUGUCGAAAACCUCAUCUUACUCCGACUUUGAGAUUAGUGCUUCGGACAUUGAGCCUGUGACUGCUGGAGUGCAUCUUGACUGGAGUGAACUAGUCGGGGUAAACAUUUCUCUAGAUGCCGCAAGUAUUGGCAAAACAGUAAUGGGUUUCAAAAAGAGAUCUGAAUCAUGGACAAACUUCCAGAACAGGGUGUUUGGAGAGUACAAUGGUAAAGAGCUUGACCUUGAUAUAGGCUUGACCCAUGAUGCUCAGCAAAGCAAGGCCUGGUUGACUUACAUCUAUCCGGGGUCUGACACCAGCUAUUUAAAGACUUCUGUCCACAAAGUUGGUAACUCUGCCCAAGACUUUGACAUUGGUGGCUUCCUCCAGCUGGGUAAAUCUUCAAAGCCGUUCAAUAUCUCCACACAGUACAGUUUUACAGAUCAGAAACUAGCCUUUGGUACAACCCUGGAGACUCCUUACACAGAUUCCAUGUCCUACUACCUGAAACGUGAAACCCAGACAAAAGGAGAAAACAACAUUGUUGUCUAUGGAAAGUACAGCAAUAAUUUCCUGAUUGACUUCUCUGUAGGCAAUAAACUCACUGGCAACUCACUAGAUUAUUCUGUCAGAGGCGAGUAUCUUUUCAACAAAAAAAGCAAUAAACUGGGAACAUCUAUCAAUGCCAAUUGGGGGCCUGAUAAUCGUUAUGAAGCUAACAUGGAUAGCUACUUUGACAAGAAAUGGGUUAAGAUGGACUUUGAUGCUGUAGGCAAUGCAAUGAAGAGACUGUCAGUUGAAAAUCUUGAUGUUAAGUUUAAGUCCAACAUUCCAAACUUCAAAGAUGUUGGCGCUGUUGCGUUCAUCAACAAAGAAGCUGAAAGCUACUCUGGAAAGGUUAUUCUCGAAUACAUGGAUGAGAAUGAAGCUCACCUAUCAGUUGAGUUGUCUAAUCCAAGCCUUAAUAAUGUCAAUUUAAAGAUGGAUCUUGAGUUGCCUAAAGUUGCUGGAUUUGAGAGGAACACUCUAAACUAUAAUCACGCUACCAUUGGCAAAAAGCAACUGAUUUCUAAUGUCCAGGUCAAUAUGGGGUCAGGGGAGAGCCUAAAUGGCAAGAUGGACUAUAGCAAUGAUAAAGUGACCCUCACUUUGACCGGACCUGUCCAAGAGUUUGAAUCCCUCACAAUCGCUGGUCAGUUCAGUGAGAGGAAGCAGCAGAUUUCUGGCACUGCUAAUGUCAAGCUGACACGUGAUGUCAAGCCUGCUGAGUUGAUCUUUAAUAUAAACUUGAAUAAUUACAAGCCUUUGGUCAUGAACUUUACUCUUAAGAGCCCGUUUGAGAACCUCAAGUCCACCACCUUGACCAUUCAACAUGAUUUCCAGAACUGGAGUCAGAUGAAGACCACAUCCAAGCUGCAACUGGAUAAUUUUGGUGACAUUAACAGUCAAAUGAGCUUAACAUUUGACUCCCCCCUGAAUGUGGAGCUUACAGCUACAUUGACCAGUGCCAUUAAGGACAUGGAGAGCCUGAACCUGUUAGUCAAGUCUGAGGACAGGGACAGGUCUCAUUCGUCUAAAAUACAAUUUGGCUGGAAGCCAGACCAUGAGCUUAAACUGUUCAAUAAGUGGGCAGUCACAGGCUCAAAUCAAAACCUCAGGCUUAGCAGCAGUUUUGAACUGUCUUCACCUUUUGAUGAGAUCAAGCUGGCCAAGAUCAACUUGGAUCACAGCUACGGUCCAAAUUUAAUCUCGGAGAGUAUUCAGUUUAUGCACAAUGACAAGAGCUACCUGGAGGCCGACCUCUAUUACCAAAAGUCACAAUACCACAAUGCCAGCGUGGUCUUCAAGAACCCUAGGCCAAUGUCCCUAGAACUGAUAGGGUCAACCUCCACUGGAAACCUUGAUGGAAAUUUCAAACUCAACUGGGACAAACAGACUCCAAACUCACAUGUUGAGGUGACCAGCAGCUACAAGGAUCAGUCCGACUCGCAGAACACAGAUGUGGCCUUCAAAGUGAAAGUUUUACACCCAGUGAGAAGUAUGGGGGUGGGUAGCACCUACAAGAGAUCUGAUAAAGAGCUCUUCAGCUCUAGUCAUGUGACAUGGGAUGAGGAGAACAGCAAUACUGUUGGCUAUGACAUCAAUUGGGUUAACAUGACCACCCGCUACAGCCAGAAGUAUGAGGGCCACACAAAGGUUACUAUUCCUCAGCGCAGCAUAAAACUCCAAGGCUCCUACAGUGAUGCCGGCACCACCCAGAGCACUACUACUGUAUUCUUGUGGGAUGCUAAUAAAGAUGACAAAAAGAGGCUCACUGUACUGACUGAAGUGGAGAAUAAAGACAAUUUUAAACGUGUCAACUUGAAUAUCAACUUGCCAAACACAAACAAGCAACUGAUUCUAAGUGGCAUUACCAAAGGUGGCUAUGGAACAACUCUGAUUGACAGCAAAGCAGAAAUCUCCUACUCCUCAGAUCCUGACAAGAUGAUCAUCAUCAGGUCACUGCUCAGUGACUUGGCCAUUGGGUCUAAAGGCAACUACAACUAUACUGCUCAGUUUGAGUUCAAGCAUGCAAAAACAAACUCUGAUGUUAAAUUGGUCUCCCAUGUUGCCCAUGUUGACAAAGUCUGCUCUGCUGGUGGUCAGUUGUCAUUCUUGACAGCUAGCAAGGAAAGGAAGUUAGUGGAAUUGUGGUCAAACUUGGAUACUGACAAACAGACAAUGACACUCAGGGUGUCCUGCCCAUUGAAGACUAUCUCUAUGCAGGGACAGGUUGUAGAGUUUGCCAGUCACAAAGAUUUCACCUUGACCACAUUUGAGAAUGACAAAGAGACCACUGCCCUAGACAUUAAGCUGGACCAGAAGAGAAAGGAAAUUGUGGCUGAGUUCAAUUAUGACAGAGACGACCCAACUAAGAUCCUCAAGCUGACCAGUAGGUAUGUGAAUGACAGUGCCGUACAAGUCACCAUUGUUUCACAAAAUGGCAAACAGACUUCAGAGGGAAUCAUUGCAGUCAGACUGAACACUUCAGAGAUACUUCACACAAGAGUUGCUUGGAGACCCAUGUUAUUCAAUGAUAUGAAGAUGUUCAUUGGAUCCAAAAUCACAGCCUUCUCAUAUAUUGCCAACGAAGUAUUUAACAGCAGCGUGACCCAUAUUGGUCUAGACCUGAAGUCUCGGUAUCUGUUGAUAUCUCAGGAACUGAUGACAGAAUUGGAUCAAGUCUUUAGGUUGAUGAAUGAUGAGCUCAACAUUUUUUAUCAACAGCUGAAUGGAUAUAGCAGAGAAUUUAGACGAUUCAUCCUGCGCAAUGACUUACACAUUCAAGAACUUGGUGAUAACAUCAGGACUACAUUUGAUGCACUAAAUACAAUUCUUCAAAAUCUGGCAAAAAGUUCUGGCAGCUACUAUAACACUGUGUCUCAAGCCACAAAUGAAUUUUUGUAUCAACUCAGAACUUACCCUGUAGCAGAGAGGUAUUCUAUGACUAUCAAAGAACUUGUUCAGGGACUGAUGACUGCAAGACAAGUCCUGGAGAAAGCAUUGAAUGAUGCUACAGAGGACCUUGACAAGUUCUCUCAUGUGACCUACAAGGCUUACCUAGAUGUUUCCAGAAGUUUGGACCAAAAACUUCAAAGCUAUUCACGAGCUGUCUAUGAGCUGCCCAUCUACCAGAAGAUGAUGAAACAAAUGGAGCGCCUGGGCCAGAAAGGUUCAGAAGUGUUCCCAGAGUUUGCCUCCUAUUACAAUGCCUUCUACUUGAAGACUCAUCAGAUCCUGCAGGAGCAGUUCCACGAUGUCAUGUCUAGGUCAGAGUUCCAGCAUUCCUAUGCUCUGCUGCACGAGGUGCACCAACAGAUCCUGUACUGGAAUAAAGAGCAGAAGAUAGACAAAAUUGCUGAGCGUUUGGUUGAGACCAGCAAGAACUUGUUGAUGCUUGAACUUGUGAAAUUAAGGUCAAGUCUGCUGAACUCUAAGGUCAUUGUAUAUGAUCCUGAGAGAGGAGAACUUCAGUUUGAGCUUCACCUACCCUUCACCUUAAAGUCACUCAAAGAAACACCCAAGUUAAGUGCUAACUCCAUGAUGAACACUGUGAAGAGUCUGUCCAAUGUCAAUAUCCCAGAGAAUCUACCUGUUGUUUUGAAUAACUAUUACAACUCCUUACCAACAAUUUCACCUUCUUAUUGGAUUCCAACAUUUAAAGCCUCUGCUUACCUUGUUGGGGGUCGCCAAGUAACGACCUUUGAUGGAGCCUCUUAUCAAAUACUGAGUCCCUGCAGGUAUGUUUUAGCUCACGAUAUGCUUCAAGACAACUUCACCCUGGUCUUGAAUUAUGAGAGACGAGUCAAACAAAGCCAAGUGAGAUCUCUUUGUCUCACCAUCGAGAACAGUCUCACUUUUGACAUUUCUGAUGAUUAUAAGAUAAAGGUCCAAGGAAGAGAUACUGAAAUGCCAUACAUUACCGAUAAGGUCAAGAUAACCAGAAACGGAGAUGUCAUCAGUGCUGAGUAUGUGGGUGGCCUGGAGCUCGUUUCAAAUCCAAAACUUGACUUGUACAAAGUCACUGUGGAUAGGUGGUACCAUAACAGGGUCAAGGGCAUGCUGGGCCAGUUUGACAAUGAAGUUGCCAAUGAUGUCGCCAUGGAACAGGACAACACUGGCUUUGAAGUAGACAGGAAAUCAUGUUCAGUCAAGAAUACUGCCACCACAACUCCAGUUAAUGAUGAAGACUCAUGUUAUAAAGUGUUCUAUUCCAUGUUCUCAAGGUUCAGUACUUGCUUUAACAAGGUUGAUCCAGUACCUUUUGUUAAAUUAUGCCAACUGUACAAACAAACAAAGAGUGAAGAUGAUGCAAUCUAUUUGGCAACAGAGCAAUACAGAUUCCUUUGCCAGGAUCAAGGAGCUAAUAUUGAUGCUCUUAGUGAUUAUGUGCCAUGCAGUGAUGAGAGCCCGCUACUAAUAGAGGGAACUGAUGCCUUGUACCAGUCUGCUGAUGUUCUGUUUCUGGUGGAGGACAACAGCUGUAAUAAGUGGGCCAAUCCUAGCCUAGCCGCAAUUGUCACUGAACUAAACAAAGUACUGAACAUUGCAGGUAAGAAGACCAACAGUUUUGGAAUGAUUAGUUAUGGAGGUGUGCUCAAUGAACCUGUAGUCAGGACAAUCAAUGGCCAGCAUUUUGGAGAAGCUUCCUACUUCUUGAGGGCUUUAGAAACAUUGAGGUUCUCAACUAAUGAAACUCAGGGAGACCUUAUCGAUGCAAUUAAUUUGGCUAUGGAGUAUCCUUUCAGAACAGGAGUUGCAAAAAUACUAGUUGCGGUCCCUUGCUCUACUUGUGACUUCACAUUCUUACAAGGAAAAAUGUUAACAUCAAACCUGAUCUCAAAAGGCUUCAGUGUUCAUGUGUUGCGCAAACAGCCAGAUGAGCAAAACACAAUGCGAAGGCCCAAAAUAUCAGUGUAUGGGUUAGACAAUUCUAAAUUCUUCACAAGUGCUGGGGAAGAGCCACUGACCAUUCCCUUCUCAAACUAUCUGGCUAGUUGUGAUGCUCUUGCCUUGCAAACUUCAGGGGCUGUAUUUAACAAUGGCUUUAUGCUUGCCAGCCCAAGAGGCCAGCAAAAUUUCAUAAAGGCACUGACACAGAGGAUAGGAUUGAAUGCCAAGUUGCCAGAUUGUCAAACCUGUGAAUGCAGCAGUGAGACAGGAAGGUUCCAGUGUCAACUGUGUUAUCCAGACUUAGGUCUGGGCUUAUUUUCUUCAUCUAGCACAUAGUAUAUGUCCUUAAACCUGGCAUUGAACAUAACUUCAUAAUUUCAAAAUUAUUUUUUUAGUCACAUUUUUUUAAUCAUUUUUUAUUUAUAGUAUUUUUAAUUCGUUUUUUUUUUUUUGUUGCUAUAAUAUUGAUUUUUUUUUUUACUUGUUUUCCAACAAAAACAACAACAAAGUAUUAUUGUAUCUAAUACCCUUGUUGUCAGACUGAAAAAAAGCAGAUUAUAAAAAUCAACUGCCAAUGCCUAAAUUUAAAAAAAAAGACUACAAAUGGCAGACUAUUGUUAAAAAAAACAAAUUAUUUAGUCUUUGUUUAAGUGUAAAUUUACUAAUUGGAAUUAUAAAUACGUAAAUUUAUUGUUUUUUUUUUUGUUGUUGUUGUUUAUACAUAUGCAUAGUAUGUUGUUUUUUUAUUAUUUGGUUAUAAAUGCUUUACAGUUUCACUGAUUGGUGGCUGAUUGACUGUCAAUUAGUAUCCUGAAUUAAAAUUCAUUCAACUUACUUCAUCAGUUAAUGAGAUUUUAGCUUCAAAUUAUUUUGUGUUCAUCAGAUGUGUUUUCAUGAUUACAUUAAAUGAGAUGAAUGUGAAAUAAAUUUCAUAAAUACUUUU